UGUAAGGGUUCAUCACCGGGCUGUUCUAACCAAAUAAAGACAGGAGGUAAAAAUAAGUGGAUAAAUUCAGGAAGAUUCUCACUGUAUGAUGACACCAAAUCAGCAGAGUUCAGGGUGAUGAUCAGAGAGCUCACUGUACAGGACACUGGGACGUACCACUGUGGAGUUGAUAUACAAUCAUGGACAGACAUUUACACACGAGUGGAACUGAAGGUAAAUGAAGGUGAGGUCUCUAGAGCAGUAAGUGCACAUGCAGGGGGAGGAGUCAACAUCAAGUAUCUGUCCUAUAAAAAGUCCAUCAGUGAGACUGUCCAUGUGGGAGGAGAUUUGAACAUCAGCUGUAAAUACCCAGAAUCCCUCAGGAGUAAUUCCAAGUUUUCCUGCAAGAUGAGCCUUCAAGAUUCCGCUUGUUCUUAUAAAACAUCUAUUAAUGAAAGUAGAAAACACAUAAAUAUGGAGAAAUGGUCCCUGUAUGAUGACAGAGAAAGACGAAUCUUGAGUGUGAGUAUUAGAAAUGUAACUGGGCGAGACUCUGGUGAAUACUGGUGUGGAGCUGAAGCAGCCUGGGAAUCUGAUGAUGGAUACAGGGUUUAUUUCACACAGAUCAACCUGACAGUUACUGGUGAGUUUGUAGAGACACAGACACACUGCAUUAACUACAGUAUGUUGUCAUUACAAAGGUUUUGUGUAAAGCACAGAGUCAGUGCACAUCAUGACCAGGACUAGCCUGUGAUGAUAUUGGCAGUUAUAACAAUAAU